AGCACAGCUACUGUUUAAACAUGUUUAGUUCCGGUUUUGUCCCUGUGAUAUUAACGAUGCGGGAAAUUGAUUUGAACCUGGCAGUGAAUAUUUCCCGAUUAUUGAGGACGGCUAUUCCGGCGCCUGGUUCGCUUUCAGUGUUUGUUGGAUGCAUCCCGAUAAUUGAGGUCGAAGAAUCAGCCGGAUUUUUCGCACUUCCAAAAUUAAAAUCUAAAACAUGAAGAGUCCAGACAUUGCGAAUUGUCAUAGUUCUCAUCCGGUGAGAAGACGCAGUGCGAGAAUUGCAAUGGCGAAAGAGGAAGCUGUGAAAAGUGCUGGAGAUGCAUUGUCAGCGGAGGAUGAACUGGAUGAUAUUCCGCUUAUGAGGCGAAUGGAGAUGGUUCAGAUUGACAAUGUGGUUUUCAGCUAUGUGGUUGCGGAAGUUAAUUUUAGUCAACAACUUGUAAUAUCCUUUGAGCUCACAUUGCAGUUGGGUGGUGUGCCUGACUGUGUGCCAUUUAGUUUCGUGUCUUUUGCAAAUGCCCAAGCACAAACAUCAUUGGGCAGUAGAUGUUUGUGUGACGUGCAGAAGCCGGAUAAGGGUGGUUUGCUUGACGGUCGAAUUAAUACUUACUGCAACGUUAAUGAAGUGGCUAGGCAGAUCACAUCGAAACUAACUGAGGAUGAGUUGAAAAGGUUUAGGACUUCAGCAUUUGGUGUUAUUUUGGAUGUGUUAGAUUGCCCAUGGAUUAGCGGGCAGUUGCUAAUUCAUUUGGUUGGUAGUACUGUGAGGCCGGCGGAUGGCGGUGGGAGUAAGGACGUGUUAAAAUUUCAACUCCUUGGGCGUGAGGUUGUCUUGACAAAAGCGCAGUUUCACUUGAUUACUGGGUUAAAAAUGGGUGGAUUGCGAGGGCGAAUGGACAAUGGGGCAUGUGGUAGGUUUGCAUCAAGGUAUUUCUACUCUAGCAAAUCGGUUAAGCGAAGAGACAUUUCCAAAGCAUUCAUUAGCUUUAAUAGGGAUGCUGAGGGGACAAUGCCCAAUGAUGCUCUUAAGAUGGCUUUGAUUUAUGCACUGGCGAACUCAUUUCUUGGUAACCAGCCAUCUGUUAAUUUGCCGAUGUGUUAUCUGAACCUGGUUGAUGAUAUUGAUGAGUUCAAUAGUUACCCAUGGGGGGAUGACGUCUGGUCGGAGUUAGUAGAUCAUGUGUAUAGAUGUGCUGUUUGUAUUGAAAAGGGUGGUAGCAGUAGGCCGACAUUUGGAGGCUACAUGUUUGCAUUACAAGUGUGGGCGUUCGAGACGUUCCUAGCGUUGGAAGAGGCUGGGAUGUGUGAGAUAGGACAUGGAAGGGCGAAUUCAAUACCCCGAUGUUUGAGGUGGAAGAUCAGUGGGAAAUUCAAUGCUGCGAAAGUAUCUGAAGCACUGUUUAAGUCUGGGAAGGUUGUAGUGAAAGAAGUUGAGCCAACAGCCGCAGAGAUGUUGAUGAAGAGUGUUAAAGAGCUUUUCCAGGUUAGAAUCACUUCUUCGGUGAAGGGUAAGCGGAAGUUGUCGCUGAGUGCUACGAAAAGGGUUCGGAAUGUGACGGAGAAGCAGGUGAACAUACGAGAUGCUUUGGGCAAGAUGAGAGCUGAAGGAUUAGAUGAUGGGGCUGAGAAGUUGGCCGGGGUAAAGAAGGUUGAGUGCGACAGUGCGAAAAAAGUUGAUAAUGUGGUGGGUCGUAGAGGCAAGAAGGAUUGUGUGACAAUAAAGGGUUGUGAUCACAUGAAUAUUGUGGAGGAGAUUAAACAGAUAAAGGAGAAACAAGUGGUGCAAGACAGGAAAGGUUCAUUGAUGGGAGGCAAUGAUGAAGUUAAGGUCCAAGAGGCAGUACCUUCUGGUGCGGGGAAUACACAUGGUGUAUUAAAAAACGGGGAUGAUCUAGAGCUGAGUUUUGAUGUCGGUGGUCCAUCGUUUGAUCAUCUGACACAAAUGCCGAAAGAAGCUGCGAUUGGUGAUGAAGUGGCAUACGACGAAACUGGUAAUGUAUCGUUGGCAGAAGAUCAUGAUGAUGCAAAGCAGGGGAAGUGUUUGGAUAUCCCCUACACUGAGACUCAAUACGAUCCUCACAAACUAGAUCGUAUUGAUAGAGAAACCGAGGGGGCGAUUAUUUCAUUACGGAAUGCCCGAAGUGUAAAGUUCGUCUGGUUUCGGGUGAACGGGAUGAGCGGCAGUGUGGGGGGGUGCAAUGUGCAAGGAGCACAGAAGGUGAGCAUGGAUGAUGAUGAUUUCGACCGAAUCUUCAUAGGCAGCCGGUUGGGCAGUGGGGUGCAGGAAGUGAAGGGUGGUGAAGACCCUGUGGUGGCGUUUUCUGCACCCUCAAAUUCCAACAGUGCAUGCGUUGAGAUUGAUUGCCCCAAAAGGGUUCAUAAAAGUCCUGAAAGGUAUACUCCCUUGGAGGCCGAGCAAGACAAGAAGAGGCGGAAGCUUGAACGAUUGGAACGUGCUAGGCAACGUCAUAACUGUGAUAAGACAGGUGUGUGCUAUGGCCCGUUUUCAAAAGACCCGAAGGAGAUGCCUGACUUGGAUGAGAUAGAGAAGGUCAGAUCAUUUUUGAAUGAAGGCUUUUUAAAGAGGCACGGACGGGGGAACAGGACAUGUAGGUAUACGAGCAAGGUGGAGAACAUGUCCAAAGAUCCCAUUGUACUAGAUGGUUUUACGGUGGAUAGCAAGACAUGGCUAUAUGAGCUGUUUUCAAACACUGAAUGGUUAAGCAGCACGGGCAGGCAGUAUGAACUUUUGCAGAUGUACACGAAAACAACCCCUUAUUUCUUACAAAGGUUGUAUACGCAUCAAGAAAUGGUGAAUGUUGGGAAGGCCAAGAAGGAGGGGGUCAUGGAUAAUCUGAAUCUAACAAGUAAUCACUCGGUAUUGCUGGUCCUAGAAGUUGAAGGAAGGACAAUAAGGGUGUAUGAUUCGAAAGGGAAAAGGGGAAAAGUUUGUCGGUCAUUGAAUGGAUAUGGGCAGUGUGUCACAGAAUUGCUGCCGGUCCUACUUGAUUUAUUGGGUGUGUAUGGCGAGCACACUGAUGGGCCGAUGGGGAAUCGGAAGUUCUCUAUCAAUAUCAUUGACAGAUGUCCCCAACAAGAUGACGGGUGCAACUGUGGAAUGUUCAUGUUGAAGUUUGCCGAGUACUUAAUGAUGGACCGACACAUUUCUGAGGUGCACUCCCGUGAUAUGGAGGCGUACCGUGUGAAGAUGACUACAGAGCUCAUUGUGUACAGUAAUGAGCGAAAAGAGCAAGCGAAAGACACGUAGUCAUCACAUGAUUUUAUUUGUUGGCGUGUAGUUAGCAUUUGACAUGGUUUUUAAGUAUGCAUUGUUGUUUGGGUGUUUGGUAGUAUGGUAUUUGCAUGGAUUCUAGUUGGUUUUGUAUUUUGAUUUUUUUCCGUCAGACACAUUGUUCUGUGUUGAUCCAUGUUCUGGUUCAACAGAUUUUGGAGGUGUUGUUUUUGGAUGUUGUGUUUUUUGGAAUGGAUGCGUCCAUUGUAGUUUAUUUG